AGGUGACCCAACCAUCAACCCCUGAAAAAGGCGGCCAUAAAACGCCCAGGAGACGAAGAUGAUGGCAGGCCGUGACCCCAAAAGUGGGGCAAACAGACUCGUGAGAGUCCACACCUUCCAGAAGCAGCAGAGGGCCCCAGUUGGGCCAAGGGCUCCCCCACCUGAUGAAGAAGAUCCCAGGGUCAAGUGCAAAAACUGUGGGGCCUUUGGCCACACGGCCAGAAGUACCAGGUGCCCCAUGAAGUGCUGGAACGGAGCCCUGGUUCCCCAGACCUUUGGGAGAAAGGAAGGGAAGGAAAACCUGAAACCAUGGAAGCCCCAGGUUCGAGGGAACCCGGGGCCCUUGAACAAGGAAAAGGGAGAGAAGGAAGAGAGACCAAGGCAACAAGACCCGCAGAGGAAGGCUCUCCUCCAGAUCCUUUCCGGGAAACCUCCAGAGAAGCCGCUGCCAAAUCGAAAAGAAUCCAUGGAAUCUCGUGAUUGUCUGAGGGUGAAGGCAUCUGAAGAUGCCGUAUUUCCUGUUGCUUUCUUUCCGUGCAAUGAUGGCAAGCCUGCCAACAACGUCUUCCUAGCGGCCUGA